AUGGCCACCAACCACUCACAGUGGGAGUAUCCAACCGGUGACUCGGAAUAUGCAUCACGAGAAGUGCCACCGCCCGGACCGCCAUCAGGGUAUGAAGGUUAUGAAGACCCACAUGGGAAAGAGAAGAGCGACAAGAAGAAGAUGUUAGCAAUGGGGGCGGCUGGAUUGGCUGUUGGUGGUGUUGUGGGUGCUGUUGCGGCGCAUGAGUUGGGUGAGGACGACGAGGGGGCUCCUCCAGAAGAGGAUGGUUCAUCCAGCUCCGACGAGAAGGAUGAAGAGUACGCUGAAGAACACUACUCGGAUUAA